AUGGCUUCAUUCAAUGAUCUUUAUGGUAGGAGGCGUAGGUCUCCUAUUGGGUGGCUUGAAGUCAAUGAAACUAAGUUGUUUUGUCUUGAUUUGGUUCACCAAGCUAUGGAGAAGGUAAAGAUUAUUGUUGGAGUCCUCUUUUGGCUAUCGUCGGAGGCAUAUUCCGACUUAGGUUGUUCUUUGGAUAUUAGAGGCUUUGUGGAUUACUGUGGAUUGGGAUUGUUGUUGGAAAUCUUAGUUUCCUUUGAGCCAUUUGUUAUCGUACUCAUGUCUAUUUGGAUUGCUUUCGUUGUCAUAAGUGGACGUCAUGUCUUCAAAGAUGCCAAGUUUCCCAUUUCCCUUGUUGGUCCACAAGUUGUGGAGUUUCUUCUUUCAUCCAAGACUUUAUUGGAUGUCAGUUUACUUCUUCCAAAAGCCUUGUCAUUGUCUGAUGCUUGUCAGCUUGAUUCAUUGCUUAAAUCUGCUGCCAAGAAUGGAAAUUCCCACUGUAUUUCAGCUCUGAUUGAGGCUGGUGCUAAUGUUAAUAGAAGGGACUCUGAUGGGGGCUCCGUUAUGUCACUGGCUGUGAAAUCUGGAAAUCUUGAUUCUGUUCAGGUGCUGAUUGAGUCUGGUUAUACUAUUGACAAUUCUGCUGAUAAGUUUCUGCAUUAUGCAGCUGCUAUGGACCGCGUGGACUUGAUGGAAAUUCUUUUUUUGGGUUAUGCUGAUAUAGAUUUGAACUCGAUUGAUUCACAAGGUAGAACUGCUCUUCACAUGGCAGCAAUUCACGGGCAUGUUGAAGUGCUUCAGUUUCUUGUUACAAUAGGGAGUGAUUCUGACAUUUCAGACUCUCAAGGUUGGACUGCCUUGCAUUUUGCUGCUCACCAAGGCCAUGUUGAAUCAGGAAGACAGCCUAUGAGCUUGCUACCGAUAAGGGCCCACUCCCAAUUGUAUGAUCAUUUACAAUUGGGAGAUACUUUGCAUAGGGCUGCAAGAAAAGGGGAAGUUGCUGAUAUCAAGAAAUGCAUCGCGGAAGGGGCAAAUUUGAACGGUAAGGAUCAGAAUGGCUGGACUCCUUUGCAUAGAGCAGUUUUUAAGGGUAAAAUUGAAGCGGUAAAGGUAUUGGUAAAGCAUGGAGCUAAGCUUGAUGUUGUGGAUUAUUGUGGAUACAUGCCGCUUCAUCUUGCUCUUGAGGCUGGACAAAAGGAUGUAGCGACAUAUUUGGUUGCUCAAGGUGCUAAGGCCAAUUUGAAGAGCUUCAAAACUAAGGAAGCAGUUUCUUGUGAUUUGGAUAAUCAUCAUUCACAUCUACAUACUUACAACUUUGUAUACUGA